AUGGUUGCCAUGUACACUAUUGCCGGCCGCCAGGUCGGAUCGCACGUUCUUGCGAUUGCAACCCUCGGCAUAACCUUCACUGGUGCUGCGCUCGCCAUGGGCGGCAAGAAGACCGAGGACGUCUCCCAGCCCCCGAUCAACGCAAAGAGCCCUCAGGAAGAGAACUUUGUCAAGGAGUACGUCAAGAAGGCCGCGGAAAAGGUGGAGGGAAAGCACUAG